GUGUGUGUAAGAAGGAGGAGGCGGUGGUCUUGUUAUUGAGCGGCCCAGCGGUGUAAGUUGCGCUGCAGGGGAGGGACUUUCUCUCUGCAGUCAGCCGGUCAGGGGUUAGGUGCUGCUCAUACAGAAAAUGCCUCUGGUAGCAGCUUUUUAUACUCUAGCGGACAGCGGCACUGAAACAGACGUACACCUCCGAGUGGAAGACAGAUCCUCCUCCUCGUCUUCAUCACCCUUUUGCUCAUCUUCCUCCUCCAGUUGGCCGCGUCUGAAAGCUUGUGGAUGCGCUGAGACGGAAGGAGUGUAAACGCCGUUUCCCUCCCCUACACCGCCUCCGGGAUACAUAGACCGGACCGGCACCGGUGUCAUUGGAUGGAGAGAGGCGCUUGAAGAAGGGAGAGCGGUGGAGUUGGUCUACCCCCCUCUUCCUCCUCCUCCUCCUCCUUCUUCCCUACUGCACCAAAAGAAAACUCCGGGCUGGCUGCAGCACCAUGUCCUCCGCUCAAAGUGGGGAUAUAUCAGGCUACCAUCUAAGUGUGGUGCGCAACCCGCCUGGCUGGGAGGUGGGGAUCUACCUGGUGGGCUUCUUCGUGCUACUUGCCAUGGCCGGGCUUAACAUCUGGAAGUUGUGGAAAUCUGGAACGUUCCCUGCACCGUCUCCAUUCCCUAACUUUGACUAUCGAUAUCUGCAAGAAAAAUAUGGAACCUCCUUUUCAGAAGUCAGACAAAAGCGAGUCGCUGCCAACAACCACCGGCGGACCUCUGCCACUUCCAGCCGCAAGCCCAGCCUGGCCCUCUGUGACACCCCGGACGCCUUCAGGGACCUGGGCCACCUGGAGCUGAUGAGCCGGGAGUUGGACCCGACAGGCAUGGCUCAGCUCCACCGGUCCAUCUCCACCGACUCACUCAGCUCCAUUUCCUCCAUCGCAAACAACUUCGGCCACGACUUCACCGUUGGCCAGCUGGAGGUAACGCUCGAGUUUGAGCAGUCCAGACAACCGGGUCAGGGGGCGGGCGUGCUCCACAUCGCUCUGCACCAGGGCAAAGACCUGCUGGAGAGGGAGGAAGGAGACUUCCCCGGCUGCUUCAUCAGAGUCUCCCUGGGGCCAGAGGAUCUCAAUGUGGGAGUCACAAGGGUCCAGAAGAAUGCAUUCACCGUGAUUUUUGAUGAGCACUUCUCCAUCCCCAUGGACUCCUCCUUGUUGGAGGAGUACAGUCUGCGUUGUGCCGCUUUUGGUAUUGAUGCUGACGAGAGAAACAUCAGCGCAGGAUUGGCAGAUCUCAAGCUGUCAGACCUGGACCUGACCAUCAGACCAUUCAACGCCUGGCUCUACCUUCAAGAUGUCAAUAAGGCUGUGGAUGCAGUUGGGGAGAUCCUGUUGUCUCUCAGCUAUUUGCCAACAGCAGAGCGCCUCACAGUGGUUGUGGCCAAGUGCAAGAACCUUUUGUGGACCAACAGCAAGAACACUGCAGAUCCGUUUGUCAAAGUGUAUCUCCUGCAAGAUGGCAGGAAGAUCAGCAAGAAGAAGACUUCCACCAAAAGGGACGACACAAACCCCAUCUUCAAUGAAGCUAUGAUCUUCUCUGUGCCGUCCAUCGUCCUGCAGGAACUCUCCCUGAGGGUGACAGUGGCAGAGGCCACUGACGACGGCCGGGGCGAGAACCUGGGCCAUGUGAUCAUCGGCCCAGAGGCCAGUGGGAUGGGGAUCACCCACUGGAACCAGAUGUUGGCUACUCUGAGGAAGCCUGUGUCCAUGUGGCACCCUCUGCGCAGGAUCUAGCCCUCUUUGCUUUCAAACACACAACCUGUUUCAAGUAAAACACUCGAUUAUUCACGUUCUCUCCCUUUAUUUGGUGCCAUGUUCAAAUCUGUUUUGAGUAAGAUAAGAGUGUUUGGCCCACAUGAGGAUCUUGUGUGGGGUAUAAGUCGCUCUGCUGGUGAGUAACCAAUUGAAGUAAACACCUUAUCUUCAUGUAAAGGGGAGGAACCUUUAAUGCUGGUGUUUGACUCUGAUCCCUGGAUCAAAUAUGCGCAUAAAUCCUGUCUGUAGCAUUUGGCUUCAUUCUGGCUCGGGUGCAUUAUGGGUGAGGGUGGCAUUUAGAAAGGAGAAGUGCAUAUCCCAAACUUCACACUUAAAGUAAUUGAUGAGUUUUCAAAUGGUGUGCAUUCUUUAUCUUUACCUUGUGCCCUUGGCUUGAGAAUCUGGAUGAAUUACAAUACUCCACCACAACAACAGCAGAGGAGACAUGUAUGUGUAUACUUUUUCCCUUCUCAAAAGUUUUGUUCAGAAAUUUCAUUUUGGACUUUGAUGUGAAUUUUAAUUAACAAAAGGAGCCCAGCCUAGGCAGGCGGAACACCCUCUCUGCAUGGUGCCUACUCUGGUUGUAGCCUGUUAGCUGUCUAGAGAAUGACCAACUGGACGGCAGGGUGAGAUUUUCUCUUUUUCAGGAAAAAACGAUUUGUCUUUUCAAACCAGUCAUUGAUUGCACCUUCUUCAUUGAUUUUGUAGCGGUUUUAGAGCCGAAAUGAGUUAACUCUAAUGGAUUUGCUUGUGUAAUUUGUAAACAGUGAGAUUGACAAAUAAUAAAUGUUUUAGUAUGUUCAGUAUUUAUUAUGCUUUUGAUGAAAAUCCAGGUACUCUUAUCCAGGUGAAAUAAUUGUAAUUUGUAGCAGUUGUAACAGGAUGGUCAAAUCAUAUGUAAUCAGCAUAUUAAUGUCAUGUUUUAUUGUUAUAUUUUCACCAUGAUUAAUUCAAUACAAGUUGCAUAAACAUAUUUAACAGUGUAAAUGUUGUUUAACUCUAAAGUCACACUCGUGUUUUUCAUAGUAUUACAACUUAAAUAGACGUCAGAUUCCAAUUUAAGUUAAACCACACUAAAUAUUAACAAUACUGUUGCUGAUCCAUUAAUUAUAAUUACAACACCUCUGGGAAUUCAACAUGUGAUGUAAAGUAUACUAACUCUUUUAAAUGGAUUUAAAGUUCCUUUUGCUUAGAGGAAUCACCUUCAUAUUCUGAAUUAUCAUGUAGUUGUUUUUCACCAGGCACUUGUCACACUAAUUUUAGCUUUUCUCAGUACGAUACCUGUAAACUUCUCAUUAGCAGUUCCUGGUUGAAACCAAUAGGAGCCACUUUUAACAUUUGAAUGGUUAUAUUGCUAAAAGGUUUUACAGUUAAAAUGAAGAUUAUGUGGCAAGGGUCUUGUAAAAGUCAGAAUUUCAAGGUGGUCUGAGAUAUUCUCUACAACAUUGUGCAAUAGUCCUGUUUUGUUGUAACUUUUGAAUGUGAAUUAUCAUGUGAAAUAACUGCUAUCUCUAAAAGUAUCAUCAGCCUUAUGCAUUGUUGUGAUUUUUAUUUAUUCAAGCAGAACCUAGUCUACGUUUUUGGUCAAGUUCUCAAUGCAUUCCUCGCCUCACUUUGAAAAUCAAUCCAAAAAGAACACACCUGUGGUCAUAUAAUAGACAAUAUUUCCUACUGUGCCAAAUAAUAAAGCAAUAUUUUCAUUUCAAAUCAACAUUUGCAUUCAAUUUAACAAAGCUGUAGCCUACAUUCAACAAUGCAUGAAGUUAUUUAGCACUUGAUGUGAAUGUGCCUCAAGAAUACAGUGUAUUGUGUGAAUGCUGUUUGAAAUAAAAGCAAUUCAACAGUAA